GACAUGUCAAAAAUUGACAAACAUUAGGCCGUUUAUCGGGUUCGGGUCUUAUUGAAAUAUGGGUAUAAAAUUAUAUAGGUUAAUUAUAAUUCGACAUAUUUAAUUAAACGGGUUAAAUUCUUUAACUCUAACAAUUUAAUUUUGUAUUAAAUUUAUAUCAAAUUCACAAAUCUUAUAAAAAAUUGUCUGGCAAUGUUUUGGAGGUACACUAUUCACAUAUUUAAGUGUCGACAUAUAAAAGUGAGUAAUGAUAUAAGUAAGACUAGAGUCUUCUUAGAGUCAUCUAAAAUGUGAUGUGAUAUUUAAAAUCACUAACAGAUCAAAAUUCAAUAAUGAUCCUUCUAAUUUAUUGGUAAUUUUAAAUGUCACAUCACAUUUAGGAUGAGUUUAUGAAGACUCUAGUUCUACUUAUAUCAUUACUCUAUAAAAAUAAGAAAUAAAAUGAGAAACUUUUUUUAAAAAAAUUUUUUCUGAAAAAAGAAAAGAAAAAAAGAGCGGAAACUUGGAGACGAAGCUACUGAAGGAUGGGCGGCUCAACACUAUUACUUCUCCGAGUGUCGCUCUAACAUUUCAACGAAGGCCGCUCAACACUUGCUUCUCAGAUUCAGGCUCUGGGCACCACUUCUUGAAGGUAAAACCAAUUUUCUCAAACAUUUUCUUGGCUUAUUCUCAUUGAACUCUUUCUCCACAGCCCACACACGCGCAUAUGUAGAUGCUUCUCUCGGAAGAGAACGGAAAAAGCUACGGAAUCGGAAUAUCCAUUUUGCCAUGAUAGGAAGAUCAUCCGAGGACUAAAAAUGGGGACCCAAAACUAUUCAAGGACUAACUCAAGCAUACCAAGAUAAUGAUCGUGAUAUCAAUCAUACUAUUGAGGUUGGUAUAAACUAUAAACGAUCCAUAGGCCAUAGAAGACCCCAGUUCCUUGAUAAUUGUUUCAUCUUUUUUGUUGAAAUAUUGUUUGAUUUACGAUGUAUAUGAUAUUGAUAUUGUUUGAUUUGUUUGAAAGAGCCAAAUUUAGCGCUGUUUCUCUUGCUUGUUUGCAGUUGUGUGGCAAUCCAAUGGCUGUGGACCUUUUUUCAAGGAACGCCAGGGUGCAAAAUAAUUCCACUGUUGGCACAAUGAUAGUGGAAGCAAUACGUUGUCCUGCGGGAUCUGAAGUGAUUAGAAUUAAAAUCCCACCUGAAAAGCACGAAUACAUAAGGUACAGCGAUUUUCACAUUGAGUAUAAUAAGUGUGACAUAGCUGUAUAUGUAUAUCUUGAAGGUGCUUCAGGGUCGGAGAAGAAAUCUCUUCUGCCAUCCAUGAUAAGGGACAAUGAGAAGAUUGAGCUGAACUACAUAGAGGGAAGAGUGACUGUCUCCCCUAUUAAAGGAAGUAUGAUUGCGAUGAAUGGAUUGGUUAUCAAGCUAAAACAUGCAUCCAAAAUGUUUAAGUCAUUGUGGAAAUAGUUUGGGAAGAUUCAGAAGUGGAUGAUACCAGAAUCACAUGUCCGUCUGCCGCAUCAUCAAGUUGUCUAGUCGUAUUACAGUCUACUAAAUAUCAUUACUUGUCUAAAAAUUGCUAUUUGUACAUAUAUUUGUACAAAAAUUGUACAUCAUCAAGCUAUUUGUACAUCAUGCCAUCUGUACAUCAUGCCAUCAAGCUAUUUGUACAAAAAUUGCUAUUUGUACAUGGUUACUGUUCUAUGUGUACAUAUAUUUUUAAUGAU